UCCGGCCUAGUUCGCGGCUGUCACUGACGUUGUUCCAGGCUUGCCGAGGCUUGGACAGUUUGUAGCUGCACGUCGCUUUGUGGUAGAGACGUGGGUUGGUGGCCGCGGCCUCUGGGCUGGGAUGAACGGCGCUCCCGUUGGAGGCAGGGGAGCCGAGCCGGAGCCAUGGCCAGUACAGUGGUAGCAGUUGGACUAACCAUUGCAGCUGCAGGAUUUGCAGGCCGUUAUGUUUUGCAAGCCAUGAAGCAUGUGGAACCUCAAGUGAAACAAGUUUUUCAAAGUCUUCCAAAAUCUGCCUUCAGUGGUGGCUAUUACAGAGGUGGGUUUGAGCCCAAAAUGACAAAACGGGAAGCAGCAUUAAUACUAGGUGUAAGCCCAACUGCGAAUAAAGGAAAAAUAAGAGAUGCUCAUCGACGAAUUAUGCUCUUAAAUCACCCAGACAAGGGAGGAUCUCCUUAUUUAGCAGCCAAAAUCAAUGAAGCUAAAGAUUUACUAGAAGGUCAAGCUAAAAAAUGAAGUAAAUGUAUGAUAAAAAUUUUAAGUUCAUGUUAAUGUAUAUGAUUACCAACUUUUUAUAAUAAAAUGCCUCAAAGCUAUAAUUCUAA